AUGGCCAGACUAACCCAAACUCCCUCAAGUGAUAUUAAUAGAGUCCCUGACCACAUGUCUGCUUUGUGGAAGGCUUUAGGCAUUGAUGAAUUUAUUCGAACAUCAACACUUAUCUACCGAGAGUUUAACAGGAAAAGAACUCGUAGUCGGUUAACACUUAAAGAUGUGCAGAGUAGGUACCUGCCAAAACGUGUUUCUAGAACCAUCGCAUAUACACUUAUCAGAGGAACAUUUCCCGAACAUUUGCAGAUACUAGGGGAUGAAAUGAGUGAUAGAGUUGUCAGUGUAAUCUUUGAUGGAUCAAAACUUGAAAAUUUCGCUAAAGAGCCGACAAAUGAACCAUUCACCAAUUUGGAACAAAUCAAAGCCAUCAACUAUAUUAUUCGCUCACUUUAUAGAUAUUUCACGAGCAAGUUGGCGAAUAAAGAGCUCAAUUUUGUUGAAAGACUUGCCACAUUAUCGUGGUCACUUUAUUUUGGAGUUGUGUACGAAAACAAGUGCCAAGAAUACAAACCGACAGACUUGAAUCCAGAAAAAAAAAAGAUUUUUAACGCCAUUCACCCAGUUUCAUCUUCCGAGCCAGUCAGAGAUUUCGAUUUUGACAAAGAAAAGUUGCUUGAAAUCGAUUUAAAAUAUUUCGUGCGUCGUCCCAAUCCAAUUUCCACAACAAAAGAUGAGUUUUCAACUAUUGAGGCGAAUAAUCUUCCUGAGUUCCAGCUCAAAGAGGUCCUUAGUUUUGAAAAUGAGGCUGAAUUCUCGCGGAUCAUAGGUCAUACACUUUUUCCAAUUAUUUCCUUUUUCACAAAUACUCAAGUCAAAGAACAAGAAAAACGUGUGAUUAUGAAGGCAGCUAUGGUGCCUGAUGCCAUUGCAGAGAACAUAAGCAUUUUUUGA